CGACACACAUUUUUGGAGUUUUGGUUGUACCAGUACUUGUGCUUGCAAUUUUAACGAAAAAUUUAUUUAUAAAUUCAACGAAACAAUAAUUUGUCUAACUUACAAUCAGAUACGAAGCCUAAUACAUUAGCAAAUUAAAGGACAUUAACUUUUCACUUAAAAUAAAGUUAUAUUUUUAUUAUAACAAGUUUUCUAAAGUGUCGAUUUCGUUUAGUGGUUCGUGGUAAUAAAUUACGUUUGUUUCUUUGCCCUUUUAAUGUAAUGAAUAUUAUUGAUAUUAGUUUAUGAGUUAUAGUGUUCACUAUAGUAACGAUGGAAGUUUCUAACGAAAUAAAAGAAGACAUUCGUAAGACGCAGUCUGACUUGAAAAAUGCUAUACGAAUUCAUCAGGUUUGGGUAGCGCGCUUACAAGAUGAUGAGAAUAACAUACAUCUCAAGACAAAGGUUAAAGAAGCGGAAAGAGAUAUUAUAGCCAUUGGACAAACUCAGAAACUUGUUGUUGAUAAGCUGAGAAAAGAGUUGGAGCUAUAUCAACAGCGCCUGAAGGCAAGAAACAAACAGGUCAACAUUGAAAAUGAUAACCGAUAUGUCGCUCAGCAAAUACGGGACCAUCAAAUCCAAUUCCGCAACCGAAAUAGAAGCUCACUGCUCAAACCCUCAGUUUUAAAUGAAAUACAUGUUAAAAUCGAGAACAAUGAGAAUUUUAGGGAGAAUAUGUCAGACUCUGAAAAUGAACUCAAGUCUUCUAAUGAAAAGGAAAACUCAAACCACAGUGAGUCAGAUGAAAAAGAAAAAUUCAAAGGCUACCUACCUUCAGUGUAUGAGAGCAGAACUAAUUUUGUUAACGCUUUGAAUAAAUCCAAAGAGCAAAUAACAGGGAAGAAAACUAUAUGUCUUCCUCCAUGGAUAGUACCUAAAGCAGAAAGAGAAGAGUUCCUAAAGGCUCCUCUCUCUCCGUCACCUCCGCCCCCACCAAUCCCAGAUCAAGGAGAACCAGUUUCUCAAGAACGAUUCCUGAGGUGUGUUGGUUUGAUAACACCGGUCCAAAAGGAAAUUUUAGAGAAGCGAAGAACAGAGCGCAGCUUGCGGUCUGCUGCUAAAAGACAAGCGUUGUUCGGUCCCAAUUAUGAUGCGGGUUUGCCAAAACGCAACAAGAAAGUGACCCAUUACCCAUAUCUACAAUCACACAAUGAUCCACCGCAGACUCGUUCAGCCAAACUGCGUAAACAACAGACACAAUACAAAACGUUAUGUGAAGGAAUGCAGAUAGGUUUAUCAUCUGAAAAUAAAGUCAGCCUACUACUACACAACAAGCCGGCCUGGGUGGCAGCACUGCCGCCUAGUUUGACUGUGGAACCUGUCUUCUCACCCAUCAAAAAAGUUUGCCAAGGCUGCGGUAGAAAUGAUGUUCCGUCCCUGCUAGUGUGCUGCGACACGUGCGCCACGUGGCAACACACCGGCUGCAGCGCGGGCGGGCUCUGCGUGAGCUGCCGCGCGCCGCUGCCCGACCCGGCCGUCUGCAGCGCGCCCGACCCCGACCCCGACUCGCAGCUCUACCGAGACAAACUAGCCGAACGCAAGCGUCUCCAAGAGAAGAACAUGGAAUUAUGUAUAGAACUUCGCAAGCUAGAGGCUAGGGCGGCAUCCCUCAAAGAAAACAUGGACGAACAUAACGCAGAGAAGCGUCAACUCCUCGCAGACCAGAUUAAAACGCAGAGAAACUUGCAGAAACUUCUGGAUUUCAUCAGUCAGUUCAAGGAGACGUCCGUCAGUGUACGUUCCACGUCACUCAGCGAGACGGGCAGCGAGAUCAGUAAAAGCAACGAGGAAUGAAAUCUGGAAUUAUCUGCCUGUUUCUACGCGUGGUACGAAUCGUUUUGAUGUUGCGUAUGUAGUUUGAUGGCGUAGGAGCAAGUACAUAGUCUAAGAUAUCGUUAAUUUGUGCCACUAGUGUGUAAUUAAUCUUUAAAUGAAUUUCAAGUCACAAUCACUAGAAGAUUUACUUUUAAUUUUAUUUUCACCAAAUGAUAUUUUAAGAAUUAUUAAGGUUUUGUUCGAGCGUGUAUUCUUAUUAUCAAUUUUUAAUCAAGAAACAACAUAUUUUUUUAUGUUUGAGAAAUUAUUGUCAUUAUUCUGAAGCCAAAAGAGUUCAAAUUGAUAUUUCAGGAUAAGGAUAUAAUUUUACAGAGAACAAUUUUGUAAUGAAUUUUUGUACUAAAGAAUUUCAUGUUCAAUUUGUAAAAAUCGAAUGUAAAGGGCGGUAAGUGACUAUGACUAAAAAUUAAAUAUGAAACAUAUCUGUUCCAAGUUCAGUACAGAUAAAAUUGUAUUGCAAUAAUGUGGAUUGGAGUUGAUAAUAAUUUCAGUUUGGUUGUGAUCUAAUGAAACAAGCUGAUAUUUGAUUAAUAAUAAGAAGUUUACAUUGUUUAAACCAUUAAUUGCUCUUUUAUAUUAAGUUUAAAAUACACUUAAUGCGUUGUAGUCUCAUACAUCGGAGUAAUAUCACUAUGAAUUGCCAAAAAGGAGUGUUCAGUAUUGAUUCCUAGUUUAGUGAUAGUUUAGUAUAUUUUUCUAGUAUAUAAAUUGUUCUUUAAUUUCGUAGUCAAUGUUAAAUGAAUUUUUAUUACUUGUUCUCUGUGAUACGUGCGUUUGGUUGUUACGAUUGUAAGAACAUCGCGUUAAGUGUAAAUAAAUGGAUCUAUUAAUUGGUA